UUAGCUCAUAGCAAACUGCAUAAACCGUUAAACUCCUGGACCACUGCAGGGAUUAAACUGUGCCCCUCUUGUGUGGCUCUGUACCAGUUAAUGCAUCCUUACAUAUGGAAGUGUGCUUGUUAAGAAGGGCCUGGCUGAGCAGAGGGAUCGUGCAGUGAGAGUGCAGCUGAACUUUCUCCAGCGGCUCGAGUCUGUGCGGCAGCAGAGCAGCAGAGCAGCAGCCAUGACGAUGCGGCGGCAGCGGGCGGAGUCUGCUGUGGAGCCUGUGUCUCAGUCCUGCUGCUGCUGUCCUGUCAUCGGCCCUGGGUGUGGUUUUUACAGUCUGUGGUACCGUUAGCAGGAAAUCCAGCGCCGGUCCAUUUCACUGAGAAGCGAAACAAAGGAGGACAAAUCACGACAUUUCCACGGUUGAAGGCGGCUCCUCUUCUUCCUCCUCUUCUCCUUCUUCUUCUUCUGCUGUGAAAGUAGCGCUGGUUAGUUUCCUGGAGACGGAAGACGUUUGUUUGGCGCCGUUGUUCUGAUGGGAAAAAGUUUUCUGCGGCUCUCGCUGACUCCUCGUCCCUCUGAAUAAAGUCAAAUCCCAUUUCUACGCGAAGCGGACGUGAAAGGAAGGAAAGAUGCCGAAAACGAUUAGUGUAAGAGUCACCACGAUGGAUGCUGAGCUGGAGUUCGCCAUUCAGCCCAAUACAACAGGAAAGCAGCUCUUUGACCAGGUGGUAAAGACCAUUGGGCUGCGGGAGGUUUGGUACUUUGGACUCCAAUACCAGGAUACAAAGGGAUUUUCUACAUGGCUCAAGCUCAAUAAGAAGGUGACAGCCCAGGAUGUGAGGAAGGAAAGCCCGCUGCUGUUUAAGUUCCGUGCCAAAUUCUUCCCCGAGGAUGUUUCAGAGGAGUUAAUCCAGGAUGCCACGCAGCGGCUGUUCUUCCUGCAGGUGAAAGAGGGAAUCUUAAAUGACGACAUCUACUGCCCCCCAGAGACGGCUGUCCUGCUGGCCUCCUACGCCGUCCAGGCCAAGUACGCAGACUAUAAUAAGGAAGUCCACGUCCCGGGCUACCUGUCCGGUGAACAGCUGCUCCCUCAGAGAGUCCUGGACCAGCACAAACUCAACAAGGAGCAGUGGGAGGAGAGGAUCCAGGUGUGGCACGAAGAGCACAAGAGCAUGAUGAGAGAGGAAUCCAUGAUGGAGUAUCUGAAGAUCGCUCAGGAUCUCGAGAUGUAUGGAGUCAACUACUUUAACAUCAAGAAUAAGAAAGGAACAGAAUUGUGGUUGGGAGUGGAUGCACUGGGACUCAACAUUUAUGAACAGAAUGACAAGAUGACACCCAAAAUUGGUUUUCCUUGGAGUGAAAUACGGAACAUUUCCUUCAAUGACAAGAAGUUUGUCAUUAAACCAAUUGACAAAAAAGCUCCCGACUUUGUAUUCUAUGCUCCAAGACUGCGCAUCAACAAGCGCAUUCUGGCUCUGUGCAUGGGCAACCACGAGCUGUACAUGCGCCGCCGCAAACCCGACACUAUUGAAGUGCAGCAGAUGAAGGCUCAGGCUCGGGAGGAGAAGAAUCACAAGAAGAUGGAAAGAGCUCUGCUGGAGAAUGAGAAGAGGAAGCGAGAAGUUGCUGAAAAGGAAAAGGAAAAGAUUGAGCAGGAAAAGGAGGAAUUAAUGGAGAAAUUGAAGCAGAUUGAGGAGCAGACAAAAAAAGCCCAGCAAGAGCUGGAGGAGCAAACACGCAAGGCCCUGGAGCUGGAGCAUGAGAGGAAGCGAGCCCAGGAGGAGGCUGAACGUCUGGAGUCUGAGCUGAUGGGCGCUGAGGACGCCAAGAUGGCUCUGAUGCAGCAGUCAGAGAACCAGAUGAAAAACCAAGAACACCUGGCCACAGAGUUGGCUGAUCUGACUUCAAAGAUCUCCCUCCUGGAGGACGCCAAAAAGAAGAAGGAAGAGGAGGCGACACAGUGGCAACACAAGGCCACCGAGGUGCAGGAGGACCUGGAGAAGACCAAAGAAGAGCUUAAAAUCAAAGUGAUGGCUGCCCACGUUCAGGAGCCCCUCAACGUGGAAAACGAAAACGACGAGAAUGACGAGAGCAGCGACCAGGCCAGCGCCGAGUUCGGCUCUGCCGUCACGUACAAGGACCGCAGUGAGGAGGAGCGCAUGACCGAGGCCGAGAAGAACGAGCGUUUGCAGAAACAUCUACUCGCUUUGAGCUCAGAGUUGGCCAACGCUCGGGACGAGACCAAGAAAACGGCGAACGACAUGAUCCACGCAGAGAACAUGAAAGCUGGACGAGACAAGUACAAGACCCUCAGACAGAUCCGGUCAGGAAACACCAAACAGCGCAUUGACGAGUUUGAAUGCAUGUGAUGUGACGCACGCAUGCACCAAUUCAAAAGCCCUUUCAGCUGGGCCUUUCUGCCUGGACUGCAGUCCUGCCUCACUCAAGCUGUUUUUUUUCUCUGUGUGCAAAUAAAUCAGAUCCAUUACAUGACGUGGCUGCAUGAGCACAGCCCAACGUACAAACUAGGAUCUGGAAAAUUCCAUUUGUUAUCGUUCCUAACUUUCAAUUUAGGCAAGUCACUGGUUUAAAGGGACAUACUGUAUUUUAUAGUGCAUUCCUCACAAAGGGGUUUAUGUAGCAUUUAUAGUAACGGGCUCGCGCCUCAUUCCAUGACACCUUGAGUUAGCAUUUUUUGAUUUCUUUAUAUACUUCUGUCACAUUUUUCUGUCAUGAUUUCAAAGACUCAGAGCAAUCCAAAUUGUCAGUGUAAGAGCUGUGCCUAGAAACUUUUUUCUGCUGGAUUUUUCAGACAAUAAUAUUCAUCCCAUGACUCAUAGUUUUACACGCAUUAAAUCGCGCAGUAUUAUAUUUUGUAAAAUUACAAUUUACUUUUUCAAUUGUCUCUAUUCAGAAUCUUCCAGCUGUUACACACAUCACAGUAUUUACACAUGGCUCACAAUGUGAAAUCAAAGACAAAUUUUUUCAUCUGUUGUUACAUUUCUUGAAACCUUCAACUAAAUUUUUUUUUUCAAAAGAAAAUCCUAUAAUUAAAACCCAGAUUUAACUUUAACAUGCAACAUUAAACACAGAUUUCAUUGAGGUUACAUAUGCAAAUAUCAAAUGCAAAGUGAUGUUUGUGAAGAACUAGAUUUGUUUUAUAUCCUACAUACUCUGAAGAACAGUGAUUUGAAUUGCAUCACCAAAAUCAAAUAAACCCUUCAAGUUGUCACUAUUUCUGAAACUUAGAGUAAAUCAUUGUUGUCAUCAGUUCAAUGCAACAUUCAGUUCAAAAAGUUUUAAGUUGAUUUUAACUUUACAACAAAUGUGUGACUUUUAUUUUACUUUUUAGGAUCUUCUCAUCAGUGAAACUGUUCAAUUAAUUAGACUCUUUUGCAUUGAUGCAACCAGCACUGCGGAAGGAGUUACACAUAUCAGUUGUUAAGUUGAGUUUUUUUUUAUGAACAAAUGCCAAUAAAGUUGGAGUUUAGUUUUAACUUCUCGACCAAGGUUUUUUUUCUCAAAAUCUUCCAAGAAUUUGAUGCAUAAAAUAAAAAAUAACUUAAUUUAUCAUGCACUGGAAAACUUUAGAAAACUGCUAUCCUAUGAGGGCACUAUUUCCAAUACAUGCAUUAUUGAUUAUUGGUAUACUGUGUGUAUUUAAUUGCAUUUGUGUAUUUUGUAAUUGGGAUUUUUCAGUUAUGAUAAAGGUGCAAAAAAGGAGACCUGAGGAUAUUUUUGUAUGAUCAAUGUCUUGAAGUAUUUCAGUCAGAGGGGACAGUUUUUGAUUCAAAAUGAAAAGCAUUUUGAAAAUAGUAUUUUAUUAUUAGGUCAAUAAACAGCUCAGUGCUGCGGCUGUAAGCUGAUGGAACAAGUCUGUGACAUGGAAUUCCUGUUUCUGGUAUAUUGAUUGAAAGGUAAUAUAAUAUACCAAAAUACCAUUUUGCAUAAAAAAGAACAUUUCUUUGUGCCAUUAAUUUUUGGCAUUCUGCCACGUAAAUAAUUUAGCUAGUUCAUAGAUUUUUAGAAUUUAGUAUUCAAGAUUUAUUUACACUAUUUUGCAACGGACAAAGUAUUUUAGUGAUAAAUAUUUCUUUUUAAUUAUAAUGUCUGUUAUUGAAUCAACAUCUGUCAUUUGUGCCAGGAUGCAUUUUUGAUAUCCAGUGUCUUUGUGUGUAAUAACGUGCAGUAGUUCAUGUAUCUGCCAUGAAAUGUAAACAUGUAGUUGUUGCUGUUAUGGGACACUUCUCACUCUCUGUGUGUCUCUGCUUUUGACAAUACGUUUCUAUGAUGCUAGACUGAAUGAUUUACCGUGUAUCCUAAGCCUCCCUCUAACAUUCUCACAGUGUCAUUUGGACUCCAGUCACCACGAGUGAAAAAUAAAUGUGUUAAAAGAUGCUACUCAAUAUCUUGAAUCAAAAAACAGACUGAAACAUAAUGAAUACUGUAAAUUAACAGACAGUGCCUUGCCCAGGUUAUUCAUCAGAUCUUGCUGCUUAAUAGUCUUUCUUUCAUAAAUGAAUAAAAGUCAGAUAAAACUGA